AUGCAGACUGCUUGGAGGGAUCGACACUCUUUUGAGGGUGAUCGUGGCGCCUCUGGGUCACAUGCGAGGCCCCGUGUUUCAGAUGUCGGGUUAGGACAGAGGCCUAUGCGGCAAAAGACUGAGCCCAAGGGGAGCUAUACCGAAUUUAAAUCUUGCGCUCACCACUUUAAUUCUCACUUGCUCCAAUUAAUUCUACUGCAACCUAAAAUAGAAACCAAGCAAAAACCCUUCACUGCCGUUCGUUCACCCUCUUCACUUCCUUCACCCUCUUCACUCCGUACGUUCACCCUCCUCACUGCCGCCUGCUCACUUCCAUCUCUCCUCUCUUCUCACACCACGUUCGGCCUGCAGUUCUUCCCUCCAAUUCUUCUGGCGUCCUCCUCUUUUGCGCGCACCUGCAGCUCAUCCUCUGCCGUUGCUUCCUCCGCCGCUGCUCCUUCCGCCGCUUCUCCUUCCGCCGCUGCUCCUUCCGCCACUAUGCUGGCUUGCUUCCUUGCUCGUUAUGCUAGACGUCUGCUGGAAUUGGAGGUCAGGACGCCAUUCUCCGCUCUUCUCUCUUAUCCAGAAAGCGGGUUAAGCUCAAGAGGCGGGGCUCUGAUACUAAGUUCUUGUCCACUGUACUCGCCGUUGGGACUGAGUGCGAUAUUGGGAGAUCCUGGCGUACAUGGGUGGUCUGAACUAUUAGGCUUGCAGGCGGAUGCUUCAAUAAACCCUGGAAACUCUGGUGGUCCAGCCUUCAAUGAGGAAUGCAAUUGUGUAGGCAUUGCAUUUCAGUCAAUGAAAAAGGAAGAUGCUGAAAAUAUUGGUUAUUUUUUCCAACACAUGUCAUCAUACACUUUAUUCAAGUUUAUGAGGGGAAUGGAGCAUACUCUGGGUUCCCAAUUAUUGGGUUUGAGUGGCAAAAGAUGGAGAAUCCUGACUUGCCAAUGGGAAUGAAAUCUGAUCAAAAGGGUGUACUUGUUACACAAGUUGAAGCUGCUGCUCCUGAAUCCAAGGUUUUAUCCUGAGCUUUGAUGGGGUUGAUAUUGGAAAUUAUGGUACAGGUAGUUAUAUUUUAAAACU